UUUUUGUACAUGAACUAACUUAUAAGUCAGAUAAAUCUAAAAAAAGUAACGAUGUCCGUACAUCUAUUGGGCUUCCUGUUGCACAAACGUGACGCUAUAGAUAUAACACCCGUCCCGUACGUUGUAGCCCAGUAUUUACUGAACGUUGUAAAGCAUUUGUAAUCAGAUUGUACUGACCUUUGUAAUAGACUAGACUACUAGUGCCCAGUCUCUAUUUCUACUGUGAAAGGAACGCCUGAUUAGUGAAGGAAACAAUUUUUUUUUGCGAGAGCGAUGUUUUUUAAUCCUGGAUGUAAUAAAGGAAAAUCAAAGUUAAUUGUCGAAGACUAUCAGCAAUUCGUCGACGAUGAAGGAAAAACGAAAGUGAAACGGGUUAGGAAUACUGUGAAAAUAUUAGAAAGUGGUCUUCGACAAGGAAGUGAUAAUGAUGUUGGAGAUUCUACUGAACAUCACGACGAGCUUGAAGAUGAUUGCUUUGAUUUCGGAGAUAGUGCACAGCCUGGUCCGUCGCAUUACAAAAGGAGUAGGAUAAGUGCUGUAAAUCAUUGGCAUGAAAUCAGGGAAAACCUGAUCAAAAUCUCAUUGAAAAAAGAAGGUGAAGUGAAAAAAGAAUGCCGGAAAUGCAAGGCAAACUCGACUUCAGGUGCAUUGAGAUGUUUCGACUGUGGCAUAUUCCUUUUAUGUGAAGAAUGCUGUGUCUCCAUUCACAGUAAGGAAAAUAUUUUCCAUUGCCCAGAGAUAUGGAAGGAUGGAAAGUGGGAGAGCUAUAUUUUUGAAAAGAAGAUUACAGCAAUGUGUACAGCUGAUUGUGAAAUGGCACMMCACAACAACUUACCCCUAACUAUGGUUGACGAGAAAGGUAGACACCAUGAAGUCCUUGUGUCACAAUGUAGCUGUACAUCACUAAUGGAAACUUUAGUUUACCAUCGAUUUUGGCCAGCUACACCAUGCACACCAACCAUGGCYUUUUCUUUUGACCUGCUACUCAGGUUACAGGCCUUAAUGUUUGAAUGCCAUAUCUCAGUAUAUGACUUUGUCAAACAUUUAUCAUUUUAUAGACGUACACCAUUUUCAAAGAUUCGUAAUAUAUAUGAGCAACUACGUGACAGCUUUGAGGAAUUCAGGUACCAUUUCAAAGCCAUUGAAAGUAUGCCAGUAUGGAAAAAUAAUGACAUUGAAAUGAAACUUGAAAGAAUCAAAUGCCCUGCAUGUCCUGAUCCAUCCAAGGAAGAGGAUGUUUUUUUGUCAGCCGAUGCCUGUUUUGGUCUGCCGCGUAAGAGAUCAGGUGGAGAAAGCUAUCAAGAUGCACUCUCCAGUGACUGCUACUUUCUCCACCAAAAUGAAGUCGACCAAUUUGUAGGCAAAUAUCCAAAAUCAGAUAGACUUACUAAAGAUAGAGAAGAGGUAUAUAAGUUAUGAUAUAUUCAUCUAUAAAACUUGAGAAUUCAUAACAUAAAACCUGAGUUUAGUUGGUGUAGGUAGUAUGAUUGCCCAGGUGUGAGAAGUCUUGAGAAAGACCC